ACACGCUGAUUCCUGGACCGUCCGCGGGCCGGAUUUAGAAGGCGAUUGGGCCAGAUCCUGCCCCGGGGCCUUAGUUUGCCUACCCAUGCCCUAAAGUGAUUACAGGCUAAAGCCUUCCCCUGUUGAUAUUCCAGUCAUUGCUGCCUUUUCCCUCUCUUUCAUUUAGUGCCUCUCUCUGGAAGAUCGAACUGAAAAAGCCUGCUCUGGUCCCCUGCUGCCCUGUUAGGCUUUCAAGGUUCCAAGCCGCUGGAACUGGAAAUAGAGAGAAAGAGACCAACGAGAUAAGUUGCCUGUUGUCCUCCAAGGCGAAAGUCCAAGGAAGCUCUUAGCUAAUCACUCGACAAAGAGCUCUUUGUUAUGGAUUCCUCUGAAGAAAUAUGACUCUCUGGAUCGAAUGAGGAGCACUUGGUGCUGCGAUCUCCAUUCCUUACCAGUUCAGCUGAGGGCUUUGCAAGUGCACAGCAAAAGCCGGACCUCCACCAGGCCUUCUGGAGAUGUCUCCCUUCUCCGUAGCCAUCCUGCUGUCGUGCGCCCUGGUGGCUCAGGCCUCCCAGGCUUGCCCCCACCCGUGCACCUGCUAUGAGUCCUCCAGUUUCGUGGACUGCCACAGCCGCCACUUGGCCCAAGUCCCCCCAGGCGUCCCUCACGACACAUGGAUGCUGGACUUGAGGCACAACAACUUGAGUGGGCUAGAGGGAGGCGGCUUUGAUGCCCUGUGGUCCUUGAGGAUUCUCCUCUUGUCCCACAAUCCCAUUGUGAGGAUAUGGCCCAAUGCUUUCAGGACCCUGGGCUUUCUGGAGAAGAUGGACCUCAGCCACAACCUCCUGGUCCACCUGCCGCACUACUUCUCGGAUGACUUGACUUCUCUGAAGGAACUCAAGGUGUCCUACAACCACCUGGGAGCCUUGCGGUUCAACAGCUUGCAGUACCUGGAGAACUUGGAGAAGCUGGACCUGAGCCACAACCGGGUGACUUCGAUCGAGAGAGGAACUUUCCGGGGCCUCUCUGGACUCAGACACCUCUACCUUCAGUCUAACAGGCUUACGGUGCUCUACAAUGGCUUCUCCUUCAUGCUCCAGAACCUUGAGGUCCUCCUCCUGAGCAACAACAACAUCAGCGCCAUUGAGCUGGAGGCUUUCAUCUCCUUGCACAACAUGAAGCUUCUGUCCCUGACAGGCAACCAGCUCAUCCACCUCAAAUUCAAGACGUUCCUGAACAUCCAGACCAUCAGCACCCAUAUCCAAUUUGCAGGCAACCCGUGGAUUUGCGACUGCGACCUCCAGCGUGUUUUCGGCAAGAUCAUGAGUGUCCGGCACCUCCACGUGGAUGACUACGAGAACAUCACCUGCGCCAGCCCCUGGCAGCUGGCGGGGUCACCUCUCACGUCUGUGGACAGCCAGCUGUGCGUGGCAGAGACCGCCACUGUCCUGGUUAUCACUGUCACCGUCUUGGUGACGGUGAUCGCUGCCAUUGUCAUGGCAGAGAGGAACAGGAAGAAGAACCAGGGCAAGAACUGGAAUGAACCCGAAGGUCCCUUUGACUCAGAGAAAUGAGAUGGGGUUGUGGGGGAGGGAGGGACCACUAAGUAAUAGAAGUUGGCCUUCUGGUGUUCUUCAAGCUCUGUCUUACUCUCACCCAUAACUCUGGGCCCUCCUAUUUGAUAUGAGGUUGGAGUGCUAGCCUGCUUCUCCCAUUCCCACCCCCCCCCCAUUCCUUGCAGUCGUAGCUCUGCCCUAUCUCAAGUCCUGUAAACAAAUGUCAGGAUGAGGCUGGCCUUGUGUGGAAUCACUGCCCCAUGACACUCACUUCUUCUCCUUGAGAAGGUAACUCUAGGAAAUGCGUACCUCAGAUGAACCUUCUCGUCUGGCCUCCCUCUGGAGUUGAGGGCCAACAUUUCUGUGUCCAGGGCAGCUGUCUACCAGCUCCAUCUGAUGCACAGACUGAGACCCUACCUGCCCGCAGACUGUCUCCCCAGAGUGGUGCAUGCUCUGGUUAUCUCCCGCUUGACUACUGCAAUGCGCUCUACGUCAGGCUACCUUUGAAGGUGACCCGGAAACUACAACAAAUCCAGAAUGCGGCAGCUAGACUGGUGACUGGGAGUGGCCACCGAGACCACAUAACACUGGUCCUGAAAGACCUACAUUGGCUCCCAGUAUGUUUCCGAGCACAAUUCAAAGUGUUGGUGCUGACCUUUAAAGCCCCAAAUGGCCUCAGCCCAGUAUACCUGAAGGAGCAUCUCCACCCCCAUUGUUCAGCCCAGACACUGGGGUCCAGCUCUGAGGGCCUUCUGGCGGUUCCCUCCCUGCGAGAAGUGAGGUUACAGGCAACCAGGCAGAGGGCCUUCUCAGUGAUGGAGCCUGCCCUGUGGAAUGCCCUCCCAUCAGAUUUCAAGGAAAUAAACAACUAUCUGAUUUUUAGAAGACAUCUGAAGGCAGCCCUGUUUAGGGGAGUUUUCAAUGUUUGAUGUUUUAUCGUGUUUUUAAUAUUGUGUUGGGAA